ACGUAGUUUCCUGUGGGUGUUCCUGCUCCCCUCGUUCUCUCUCGAUGCUCAUCUUUUCUUUUACUUGUCUUGGCGCACUUUAUCAUCAGGCUCGUCUUGGCGGAACAGAGAUCGUCCUGUUUCCAGUGCUGGAGACCAGGUGGGAGUACCUGCAUGCAGGGAAUGCACAAAAGUAGCUGAGAGUUCAAGGACGGACAAGUCAACAUCUGAGAAACAUCAAUGGAAAACAAUUUCAGCUUUGAGGAGGACAUUGACAUGUCAUAUGAAGACAAUGACUCAGCCCUCCCCUCUCCACUUAGACUGACCCUACCAGGCCAGAGCAGCAUCUAUGACCUGGAGAGGAGGAGGGAGGAAGAGGAGGCAGAGAAUGAGCCACCUGUGGAGGCCAUCGUCAUCCCCAGUGAUUCAGACGCUCACCUGAACGUCAACACCAAUGCCACCACAAGAGGGGACGCUCAAGCCUAUGUGGAGCUAAAUGAGCUCCAGGACAACACCUGGCAGGAGACUAGCCGGUGGGUGGGCUACGAGGAGAACUUUAACCCCACCACAGGAAAAUGGGGUCCCUCUCAUAUCUCCUAUCUCACCUUUAAGAGUCUGCUCCAGCUCCGCAAGACCAUGAGUAGAGGGACCGUCAUUUUCGACCUGAAUGCCAGCAGUCUGUCUGCUGUGGCUGAGAAGGUGGUUGAUGAGCUGCUGGACAAGAAUGAGAUUAGAAACUCUGAUCGGGAUCUCCUGCUGAGGGCUCUCCUCAUGAGACGCAGUCAGUCCAAGGCACCUGAGGUUACUCCCUCUGGAGACAUUCAGAUGCAGACAUUUUCUGUAGCCACAAAGAGGGACAGCUCUGACAACAUGGAGGCCUCCAUUGUCCUCUCAGGUGCCGUGGACUUCCUGCAGAAACCAGUGGUGGCUUUCGUCAGGCUGACUGACUCUGUGGUGAUGGAGUCUGCUCUGGAGUCUCCGGUCCCUGUUCGCUUCGUGUUUGUCCUGGUGGGCCCCAUCCAGAGCGGAAUAGACUACAGCGAGACUGGCCGAGCCAUGGGCGCUCUGAUGGCUGACUGGGUUUUCUGUCUGGAGGCCUUCCUGUCCCAGACGGACACAGAUCUGACCAAUGCCAUCGCUGACUUCAUGGACUGCAGCAUUGUGAUUCCACCCACUGAGAUCCAAGAUAAGCAAAUGCUGGAGCCAAUAAUUGAUUUCCAGAGGAAGAUGCUGCGUGACAGGCUCCGCCCCAGUGACACCCGUCUUGCAUUUGGUGACAGGGUCAAAGUUGAGAAAGCUCCAGAGGAGCCGAAGGAGGACCCUCUGGCACGUACUGGUUAUCCUUUCGGUGGAAUGGUGAAGGACAUAAAGCGCCGUUACCGCCACUACAUCAGCGACUACACGGACGCUCUGAACCCCCAGGUCCUUGCAGCCGUCAUCUUCAUCUACUUUGCUGCCUUGUCCCCGGCCAUCACCUUUGGAGGACUUUUGGCUGACAAAACGGAGAAAAUGAUGGGUGUGUCAGAGCUUAUGAUCUCCACCAGUAUCCAGGGUGUCAUCUUCUGUCUCUUUGCCGCCCAGCCUGUCCUCGUCAUUGGCUUCUCUGGACCACUUCUGGUGUUUGAGGAAGCUUUUUUCUCUUUCUGCAAGUCCCAGGGAAUUGAGUACAUUGUGGGUCGUAUCUGGGUGGGUAUGUGGCUGAUAGUGAUCGUAUUCAUCAUCGUGGCUGUGGAAGGCAGCUUCCUGGUCCGAUUCAUCAGCCGUUUCACCCAAGAAAUCUUCUCCAUCCUCAUCUCCCUCAUCUUCAUCUAUGAGACCUUCAAUAAGCUCAUCAAGAUCUUCAGAACCCACCCUCUGAUUCUGAACUACGAACAUCUGAACAGCACACUGGACAACCCCUUCCAUCCAGUCAUCACGGAGCACAUCGAGAUCCAUUCAGACGGCAACAUAACCGUUCAUGAACUUGAGGUUGAAAGGCCCUACCCGAACACUGCCCUGCUGUCUAUGUGCCUGAUGUUUGGUUGCUUCUUCAUCGCAUACUUCCUCCGUCAAUUCAAGAAUGGUCAUUACCUUCCAGGCCCGAUCCGUCGUCUGAUUGGAGAUUUCGGUGUCCCCAUUGCCAUUUUCUUCAUGAUCGCUGUGGAUAUCAGCAUUGAGGAUGCUUACACUCAGAAACUGGUUGUGCCAAAAGGUGUUGAGGUGACCAACCCCAGAGCCAGAGGCUGGUUCAUCAACCCCAUGGGGGAGAAAAAGCCCUUCCCCAUCUGGAUGAUGGGUGCCUGCUGUGUACCUGCUCUGCUUGUCUUCAUCCUCAUCUUCCUCGAGUCCCAGAUUACAACCCUGAUUGUGAGCAAACCUGAGAGGAAGAUGGUGAAAGGAUCUGGUUUCCAUUUCGAUCUGCUCCUCCUGGUCACCAUGGGAGGCAUCUCCUCUAUUUUUGGGGUGCCCUGGCUGAGCGCUGCCACAGUGCGAUCUGUCACCCACGCCAACGCUCUCACUGUCAUGUCCAAGGGCCCGAAACCAGAGAUUGAGAAGGUGGUUGAGCAGAGGAUCAGUGGCUUUCUCGUGGCCAUCAUGGUUGGUGUUUCCAUUUACAUGGAACCUAUACUGAAGAUGAUUCCUAUGACAGCCUUGUUUGGCAUCUUCCUCUACAUGGGUAUCACCUCUCUGAGUGGAAUCCAGAUGUGGGACAGGAUGCUUCUGCUGAUCACACCAAAGAAAUACCAUCCCUCUGAUCCCUACGCCACCAGGGUUAAGACUCUGCGGAUGCACCUCUUCACUCUGAUCCAGCUCGUGUGUCUGGCUGUCCUGUGGGCGGUAAAGAUGAGUCCCUUCUCUCUGGCUCUGCCUUUUGUUCUCAUUCUCACCAUCCCCCUGCGCAUGUUCAUGACCGGCACCAUCUUCACUGCCAUGGAGAUGAAAUGUCUGGAUGCAGAUGAUGCCAAAGUGACAUUUGAGGAGGAGCCUGGGGAGGAUGUGUACAAUGAGUCUCCACUGCCGUAAACAUCACCAUAGCAUUAAUACUUAAUUCACAAACUUUUAAGUGAACUCAGUUCUCGAUUGCCAGUAAUUAUGUGAAAACAGAAAACAUGUAUUUUUAAACAACUCUUUGCAGUUCCAGACUGUUCUGUUAUUAUUAUUUAUCUUUAAAAGGAAUUACCUCUUAUUUCUAGAAUUCAUACAUUAUUCCUGAGGCUGAAAUUUUGUUUGUGAUGACAAAGGAAAACUUCUAUACAGUCCAUAUUGUCACAAAGAUGUGCUACUACUAUAGUCUCUCUCAUUUUCCAUAUAUAAUUUUCUUUAUAUUUUUUCAUUUAUGUUUUCAUGUAGCAUUAAUUUUGGAUCAUUAAAUGCUUCCAUUUUGUUUUUUUUACUUAAGGUAUUGGUAAUGGCUUACUUAAUUACUGAAAUACUAAGUAGUAUUUUGAUUCAGGAAAAACAUCUGUUGUUACCAGUGCUGACACAUGUAGGUGUGCUCAAGUCAUACUAAUAUAAUUUCACCUUACUUUAUUUACUUCCCUAUUUAAGUUAAGAACAUUUUAUCUAUUGAGCCCUUUACACACGCACAAAGGAUGAAUUUUUUGUUGGGCUAUCACCCCUGCCUUUGCUCCAUACAGUAGCUUUUCCACUGAUUACUCUCAAAAAUGUUUGAAGUAGUGUUACUCUAGUUUGCGUCAACUCAUAUAUUGUGUAUGGUUUACUGAACAAUUUGGUCUUUCCUGCUCAGUUGACCUGUUUUGAAUGUGUAUAGAAAGAUGUGUAAGGCACUUAGAUUUGAUUUUAGGUGUGUAAUUGCUUUCGGGAUUAUAAAAUGGGAUGGACAGCUGAUGAUGAGUCUUAAUUGUUUGAGCUGACUGUUGCACUGAUGAUAUAAUCAGGGAAAAACUUAUUUGUAAAUGUGUCUUACUAGGCCUUUUGCGUUACCUAUCUUCAUGUGUUUGUGUGCUUGAAACACUGUACAAGCUUUGGAUUUACACUUUAU